AUGUACAAUAAUCCACCAGUUACCUUAUUACGAAGACACCCCCAACAGACUGUUUUAGAUCAAUUUGAUUGUUUUGACCAUAAAACAAUUUGGUCAACAAAUAACAUGUUCAUACUCUAUAUGAUCCAGGCCACCACCAUCAGAGUAGUCGAGGCCACCUUUUUCGACAAAAAGGGCAACAUGCUCAAGAUGAGUGAGAAGGACAGAUCCGAUGCCAUGCGCCAGCUUGAGAAGAAGAGUGCCAAACAGAGUUUCAGAGAAAACAGGUCACUUACGGAAUUGAACAUUCAGCAGCGUCGAACUGAGCCAAAUAACAAAAUAUACUUCAGCAAGUACAAGGAGGAAGAUAGAAAGUCAAAGAAUAAAACAAUCAAGUAUAUCAAACUAACACUGGAUGAUUUUAGCAACGAAUACAAGUACAUACCAACAGAUGGCAGACUCUACAACUACUACCUGGAAAUAGGAAAACCAAGCCAAUUCAAAAUACGAAACGUGACUGUAUUCCACAAGAAUGGAAGAAUAUUGUACAUGUACGAAAAUAUUGAAUUCAGGCCACUGAAUGAUACAGAAUACACUGAUACCAAAACAGGAAACAUCAUCACUGAUAAAGUGUACGAUUCACGGGAAGCAGCCCUAUCUCAGAGCACAGUCAGCAACAACGGAUUCAUCGUAGACAAAUCAACCACUGUUGACACCGAUACCACAAACACGGUGAAUAUCAAGCGGAUUCUGCUCCACAAAUUCACUGUCUCCGAAUACCUCCAGAACAAGUUCAAGGCCAAUUUGAAGAAUGAGAUUGUCCAAUUCAACCUGAAGCAAAUCAAGAACGACGACAAAGUCUACGUCUGCCUCUGCCAGAACAAGAAGUGCGAUGGAGAAUGCACUGAGGUCUACAGGACAUUCAGACGAGACCUACACGACAUGAAUCUGUAG